AUGUCUGGCAAUAACUGCACUGCUGUGACUGGAUUCAUUCUUUUGGGGUUAACAGAUGAUCCCACCCUUCGUGUCAUCCUCUUUGUGAUAUUUCUGGGUGUCUACAUUGUCACCUUAGUUGGUAACCUUAGCAUAAUUAUAUUGAUCAGAAAUAGCUCUCAGCUUCACACUCCAAUGUAUCUUUUCCUCAGUAACUUGGCUUUUGUGGAUAUGGGAUUUUCCUCAUCUGUCACACCUCUCAUGCUCAUGCACUACUUUGGGAACAUAAUAGUAAUUCCUCUGGGAGGUUGUGUGGCCCAAUAUUGUUUGGCAUCCACCUUUGGGACAACUGAAUGUUUCUUAUUGGCUGUGAUGGCUUAUGAUCGAUAUGUGGCUAUCUGUAGCCCACUGCUCUACUCUACUAACAUGUCAACUAGAGUCUGCACUCUGUUACUCAUCAUGUCUUACGUGGGUGGUUUUGUGAAUGCUUGGACUUUUACUGGUUGCUUAUUGAAUCGGUCCUUCUGUGGACCCAAUAAGAUCAAUCACUUUUUCUGUGACUAUUCACCACUUUUGGAGCUUUCCCAAGCCCAAGAAGAUCUUGCUGAAAUUCUUCCUGCAGCCUCUGCUGGGUCUGUAAUAAUGAUCACUGUGUUCAUUAUCCUAAUUUCUUAUGCAUACAUCCUCUUCUCUGUCCUGAAAAUAAAUUCCACUGAGGGAAGAUCCAAAGCUUUCUCAACUUGCACUUCCCACCUCACAGCAGUCACUCUGUACUAUGGCACCAUUACAUUCAUUUAUGUGAUGCCUGAGUCUAGCUACUCAACAAAUGAGAACAAAGUGGUGUCUGUUUUCUACACUGUAAUGAUCCCCAUGUUGAAUCCCCUGAUCUAUAGUCUAAGGAACAAUGAAGUAAAAGGGGCCCUGAGAAAACUAAUGAGUAGGACACGGUUAUUUUUAUGA